AUGGCUCGAUUUACACCAAAACAAGACCCUGCAAUGCUUCAGUAUGGAUAUGCUAAAGGUUUUGCUGGAUUUCGAGAGGCGAUUGCCAAGUUUGUGGCAGAUGCCACAUUUACUAAAGAGAUUGAUCCAGAAACCGUGAUGGUUACGGCAGAGCCGACUUACUUUCUGGCGCACAAUAUUUUUCGUGAGCUCAGCCUUGACUUGAAAGGAAUGCAUACAGGAAAGGAUGGGAUUGAUUUGGACGCGUUGGAAGUGACGCUGGCCUCGGCGAUGUUCCGGCGUUCUUGUAUACGAUUCCAUUCUUUCACAACCCAACAGGAGCUAUCAUGUCUGCAGAUCAAUUUGUUUCACUUGGAAGCUUCUCAAAGAUUCUUGCUCCAGGACUUCGACUUGGUUGGGCUCAAAGCAGCAGAGAGACAAUUGAGAAAUUGUCGACGAUUGGUAAGUCGUAGUGGCGGCGGUCAGAAUCCUGUCACUGCGGCGCUCGUUCAUUCCGUGCUGGAGCAGGACCUUCUGUUACCUCACAUUGACCUUUAA